CGAGGUUGUUAUUAUUAUGAUAUAUAAAUUUAAAUUAUCAAACGAAAUACAAUUUGCAAACCAUGGAAGUCCGUACAAUUAUAAAUUUAAUGUCGAAUAUGACUUCUACCAAUUGUUCCGAAGAUGGUAUUUUAAAAGUCAUUGAAAACAAUUUAAACAAAGUUCUUUCUAUUGAUCCUACUCUUGGUUCACACAAUAAAGACAAAGAACAAAGUAAAAGGUUUUGUUAUGUUUCUGUAAAUAUUGAUCUACUUUUUCGCUUAAAAGAUUGUUUGCGUAAUUCUCAAACCAAUGAUACUGAAAUUUUAUUAAGCGUUACUCAAUGUACUACAGUAACUAAAUGUAUAGAUUAUGUAGUUGGUUUGGGCUUAAUACCAUGCUUUGUACCAGCAUUGUGGGCACCGUUUAGAAGUACGCGAGAAACCGUUAUUAAAUUCACAGAGGAUAUUCCGUCUAACAUAAAAUAUGACGAGCUGAAUUAUGUUAUGAAUGCAUUUGUAGAUUUAUUGAAAGAACCAACACUCAAUAGACUAAUUUUGGCUACUCAGGCUAAAGCUUUGUUUGCAGGGUUGUGUCAGUUAUGUUGGUUACCAAUUGCUAAACCGGGUACAAAAAUUGCUAUUGAAAAUUCAAUUAAUGAACUGAAAUAUGAACAACUUAUCAAAGAUCAAAAUUAUUAUAAAAAUAUAUUUAAACAACUGAUUUUACAAGAUCACAACCCUUUGAUGAUAAGAGAAAUGAUAUUUAUAAUUGGACAAAAGGAUUGUCAAAAACAUUUAAGAAUUAGACUAGGCGAAGUAUUUGGGGAUAUGUUCAGUCAGCAAAAUGGAAUCAAAACAUUACUCGGAGUGGCUUGUGAUUUGAUCUCUGCAGAGCCUACGCACAAUUUUUAUCAACAUGGACUUCACGAAUGGUCGAAUUUGUUACAUUCUUAUUUCACUAAAUCAAAGUCAAAAUAUGUAUCAUCGAUUGUUCCUCAAAUUUGGCAACUGUUGAGAACUAAAACAAAAUUGCACGAAAAAUAUUUUCAAAGUAUAGCGGUUUACUGCAUGCAUCUAAUGUAUGAAGAAGAUUGCAAUGAGUUUUUCACCCAUUAUAUGAAUCCAAUGGUAGAUCAGUUGAAAAACAAAAAUAAAAUUAAUGUUGAAAAUCACUCGGUGUCUCAAUGCAUUAGUGAUCUACAUAUCAGUUUUUUUAAAUUCAAAGAUAAAAUGUGGUCACUAAGUCCAAAGUUGUUGACGACCGUUGCCGGUACAAUCUACAAUAUAUACAUUACAACAGCGACUAGCGUCUAUUACCAGAAAUCGCUGCUAGAAGAUUUAGUGUAUUUUAUAUUGGUACAUUUUUCUGACAACAGAGAUGUUUUAAAAUUAAUCAUUUUCUCCCAAUAUCGAAUUAGCGUUAUAUACAAUGACUGUGAUGGAGAUAUAGCUGUUAAACAUGAAAUAAGGGAGCAUCAAUUGUACCUUGAAAAUGAAAUAGAUAUGGUUUUGAAUCUUAUGGAAAGGAAAAAUGAUUUAGCGUUGAUGAAAACGAUGUUUACGACAUUUUUAGACAUGUACGCCGAUUCAAUGUCAAACGAAUAUUCAGUUAUGGAAAGACUAGUUAUUGUCAAGAGUAUUCAAUAUCUAAUAGAAAAAGAUGAAGUUCAGCAAUCCAUAUCCAAAGAUCCUUCAAUGGUAUUGAAUUUAAUCCAAUCGUUACUAAAAAAUUGCUCUGAAGAAGAAACAUUUGAUGUUCAAGUACUAUCUAUUACGCUAAUGAUACUAGGAAGUAUAUUAGAAAAAAACAAUAAACAAAUUAUUGGCUCGCUAAGUGGAUACACAGAAUAUUUAGUAAAAAUUGCCAAUGUUAUGGAGGAUGGAAUUCUAAAAGACAUGGUGCUGGAAACAAAACAAAAAAUUCAAAAUAAUUACUCUAAGAAGUCUGAAAAUGAAAAACGUUCAAUUGACGAUAUACUGUUUAACACUAGAGACCCGUUAUUGCCGUGUAGAGCACAUGCUUUAAUCGAGUUAAAAAAAUUGGUGGAGUCUAGAGAUAAAGAUGUACUAGCAAAGAAAUCAACUAUUUUAGUAGUAGUGCAAGAAAACUUGAAAAAUGCUGAUUCUUACUUGUAUUUAAGCGCUAUAUUCACUCUCUCAUCUUUAUGCACGUUUUGUCCCAACGACAUUUUACCAAUACUUUGUGAAGAAUACUGCAUGCCUGAUAACUAUAAUCACUCGGCCGAAACUCGUUUGAAAAUUGGUGAAGUCCUAAUGAAGACCGUUCGAUUACUAAAUGAAACUAUACCAUUGUAUAAGAAUAGACUUUUGAAUACUUUUAUGGCCGGUGUUCGAGAUAACGAUCAUUUAGUCAGAGCAUCGAGUCUAUCAAAUCUAGCAGACCUGUGUCGUCUUUUACGUUAUAACCUGGGCUCUAUAGUAUCCGAGGUUGUAAGCUGUGCAGACUACAUUUUACGUUUUGACCCCGCAAAUGAACCUCGACGGGCUGCUGUUCUUUUGUUACAGCUUAUUAUAGAAGGUGCAGACACAGAACUGCUCGAGAUAUUGGGUAGUAGUAUAAAAGAAAUUUACAACAUGUUGAAGUUUCAUUACAGCCACGACAAAGAUGAAACUGUACAAUUACAUGCAGAAAUUGCAAUUGAAAAACUAAAUAAGAUAAUGAAAUCUUUAUUUCUAAAUAAGGUUGAUACCAAAAAAAAUAUAUAAUAUUGUUUUAAAAUUAUUUUAAAUUUAGAUGAUUCUUAUUUAUAAGUAAAUGUAAGUAUGAUAACUAAUAUAUUACUGUUUUUUUAUACUAGCAAACAAUAACAUUUUUCCAAUGUUACAUUAUGUGCAAGAACUUAU